AUGUCGCUUGUGCUCAACAGGACAGACCUCCUGGUCGUGGCUGGGGCUCUAUUCCUCACCUUGCUCACUGCUCGUGUCAUUAAUGCAGCCCAGAGAUAUCGGCUCCCUCCGGGACCCACUCGCAUACCGCUGUUGGGAAACCUGCACCAAGUCCCGUUGCAUGACCAGCAGAAAACGUUUGCUGAAUGGGUCAAGAAGUAUGGGGAUAUCAUAUACAUCCAGCUACUCAGCAAGCCAUUCGUUAUCGUGAGCUCCGUCCGAGCUGCGCAGGAUCUCAUGGAGAAGCGGGCAGUCAAGUAUUCCGACAGACCCUAUUUUCUCCUGCUCUGCGAGUUUGUUAUGACAAGGCCCCUCAUGAUCUUCAUGCAACAUGGUGACAGGUGGAGGCGUCUGCGACGAUGGUAUCAAGGAUCACUCGAGAACAAGUCGGUGCUGGAAGGCUAUCGUCCGGUGCUGAGAAGGGAGAUUGGGCGACUCCUGUCGUCACUUGCCGAGGCUCCCCAAGACUUUAUGACACACAUCAAACGGUAUAACGGUGCUGUGAUGUUGGAUAUCGCAUAUGGGCACCGUGUCACCUCUGCGGAAGAUGAAUUUAUGGUAUUCGCCGAUAAGACAAUAUCCACUGUCACAAGCCUGGGAAGUUUCGCUGCGACCUUGGUCGACUUCUUCCCCAUCUUAAGGUAUUUCCCCGCGUGGAUGCCAGGUAGUGGCUUCAAGAAGCAAGCACUGAUGGCCAAAGAAAUGUGGGAUGAAAUGGAAGAUAUUCCGUACCGCAAACUACGCCAUGAAAUGGGGUCGGACGCCGUGAACAGAUCAUUUACAACAUUCAUGAUCGGGGAGGUGUCGCAUGACGGCAAGCUCGGAGCGGAUGAUGAAAUUGACAUCAAGGGCUCGGCGACUUUGAUGUAUAGAAUUGCUGUGCAGACAAUGACCACGAUGACAACCUUUGUUCUGGCAAUGACACUGUACCCUGAAGUUGCGCGUAAAGCGCAGGCUGAAAUCGACCAUGUAGUCGGAUUAUCACGGCUGCCUGGGCUAGAUGACAAGGACUCCCUCCCCUACCUUGAAUGCAUUAUCAAGGAGUUAUAUCGCUGGAAUCCUCCUGUCCCGCUUGGUGUACCUCACGGUCUAUGCGUCGAUGAUAAUUAUCGUGGAUACGACAUCCCGGGUGGAUCCAUGAUUGUUCCCAACAUCUGGGCUAUGAGCCGGGAUCCCUCCCUAUAUCCCGACACAAAGACAUUUCGGCCAGAGCGUUUUGAAGGGCUAGAUGCGCAAGCGAUGAAAUUCCGGGAUCCUCGAAAGUAUAUUUUCGGAUUUGGUCGACGUAUCUGCCCUGGACGCUACCUCGCCGAUUCGAACGUCUGGCUUUUCCUAGCGAGUGUCCUGGCGAGUAUGGACAUAGGGAGAGCGCAUGAUGCUGCUGGCCAUGAGAUCAUCCCAACGCCGUCAUUCAAGGACGGAAUCAUCAGUCAUGUUGAGCCUUUCCAAUGCACUAUCCGACCGAGGUCGGAACGCGCUGCUCAGUUGAUCAGGGAGUCUACAGUAAAUACAAGUGCCUGA